GUCUUUUUUUCCCCAUUUCUUCGCUCUCAUCGUCAUUUUUGAUGCAAUCAGUGUUUCAAUAGUCAUCGAUUGAAUUUUCAAUGCAAAUAAUCUGUGUGUUUCACAUAAAAUAAGUGCAAUUCAAAUAGCAGACAAUAUACAAUUUAAUCAACGAUUGAUUUUGUGCUUAAUUGAGGAAAUUUAAUUAAAAUUUAAUAUCAUUUCAAGACCAUAAGUCUUGGUUGCAUUAGUGACAGUAAAAUCGAUAUUCCUUCGAAAGAAACUUGUGCAUAAUUGAACCGCAUUUAAACAAACAAUAUUAACGAGCAUUUCAGAGUUUUGAUUGUGAACAGUUUUAUUUUUGUUUUCUCGUAACGUUCAGUGUUGAUUUGUUGAAACAAUUUGCGAAUCUGCCGUAAUGGAUUCGGGCAGCAUUUCGACGGCUUUACAGAAUAUGGACGUUGGUUGUGGCAGCGGAAACAUGGAAGAUGCCAUGCAGAAUUUCAUCAAAAAUCAUGUCCUCAGUAAUCCAAUUACAUGCGAAUCGACAAAAACAAAAGCGACGACUGAACAGAAAGAAGAGCGGAUUAAGCGUCCGAUGAAUGCUUUUAUGGUAUUUUCACAUCAAGCCCGAAAAAUGAUUGCCAAGAAAAAUCCCAACUUAAAAAACUCGGAUCUGAGCAAAUUUCUCGGUUCCACAUGGAAAAAUUUUACUGAGGAAAAGAAAGCAAUGUUCAAGCGAAAGGCGGAAGAGCUACGUGCCAAGCAUAAAAAAGACCAUCCACAGUACAAGUAUCAGCCACGUCGAAAAAAGUCCAAAGUAUCAGCAGCUGCCUCAUCGAUUGUUCCCGAAAAACCGGUACGCUCAUCAGCCAGUAAAAAAUCGGCUGCCAAAUUGAAGGAAUACAGUCGCAUGUCGGAUUCGUCAGCAUCGCCAAACAAUUCAGGCAACGAAUUGUACAUUGAUGAAUCAGUGUCACCGAUUUCUGAUCAAGCAUCACUGCAGCAAAGCUUUGGUUAUUCGUUACCGGAAAAUAUACCAUUCGACUAUCAUUGCAACGCUUAUGGAAACAAUAAUAACACCAGUCACAAUCACAACAACGGAAUUCACGUGAACAAUUCAAUUGCUACGGGAAUCGUGAAUGCAGGUCAUCGUCGAACACCAUGUGUCCUCACACCGCCCUCAACACCAAUCAAUUCCGAUUUGUCAGCGCUGAAUAUGGGCAAUAAUUUGCCAGCUCAUUUGUACUCCCAAAGUGGUUACCGUGCCGGUACUUCAACCAAUGAUUUUACAAGCGAAAAAAUAUCGCCAAUGCAUUAUUCGCCCAAUACGUAUGGUGGCCAUCAGACGACGGCCGUUGAUAUCUACACCAAUUUGUACAAUGAUUACACCAGUUGUGGCCAGGGCAGCAGUAGCACAGAUUUCAACAAUGAAUUACCAACAAUGGAAAUGCCGGGCGUUUACAAUGUCAACGGCUACAAUGGAUUUGAAUCGCACAAAUAUAGUGGCGAUCAUUCAGCAUAUUUCGAUAGCGAAAAGAAAUACGAUAUCGCUGGAGUGGAUAACAGUCGAAAUAUUUGUGUGCAAAAUGGCUACAUGCAUUACAACAAUUGUUGAUGGAAGGAGAAAAAAUGAAAAAAAAACGACAAAAACGCUAGAUUUUAAGUGAUACGUUGCAUAGCUACCAGUCGCACCCACACCCACACCAACUGAACAAAUACACCAUUGAAAACUUUCCUCGGCUACAUUCGUUGAUGCAUGCAUUGGCCAAACGUUAGUUUUGCAUUUUAAGUUUUAAAUCUCACAGUUUUAUUCGCCAUCAUUUGCAUUUACAACCAAACGGAAAAUACUUAAGUUUCGGUUUUAAUUUUCUUUCUUUAUUUUUCGUUCAAACUUUUCCAGUUAAUGCCAAAUAACGAACAAACGAACGAACACGAAUGAAUAAAAACCACUUGCGAUGGCUAUUUCUCUUUGAAAAAGAUAUUCAACACAAAAACAAAACACUGUAUAUCCGUUCCGUUUAAACUUAUGUUAGAAUUAUAAUUAAAACGUUAUUAAUUUUAGUUUAAAUGUUUAAGUAUCGCAGGAAAACAACAAAUCCGGCAUCAAACACUUUUCCACUUCAUUUAUUU